CGUGCCGCACGCCUGCUGCCUCCCUGUCCUCUUUAAAGGGGCGUCCUCCAGUCGUGCGGGGUAAUAGAAUAGCUCCCUCGCCUUCACCCUCGCGUCGGUGGGCUGCGGCGGUUUAGUGCAGCUGGAGGGCGCCCGAUGGCAGACGCCGACUGAUGUGGGUUUGCUGAGCGUUUGACUUGCAGAAUGGAUCCCCAGGUAAAUUUCGGUGUGACCUUCCAAGGUAACACCCUGAACUUUCUUGUAUCAUCUAAAACCACAUGGGCUGAUGUGGAAGCCAUGGUGAAAGUCUCAUUUGAACUGAAUGUUAUCCAGAUCAAAUACCUAGAUGAGGAUCAUGAUGAGGUAUCAAUCAACACUGCAGAGGAAUAUCAAGAGGCUGUUAAGAUUGCAAUGAAACAAGGCAAUCAGCUCCACAUGAAUGUCUAUGAAUUAAGAAUUCCUUCAGACAUGUCUUCAGGACUGGUCUUUGGGAGAUCUGAGGAACCAUUUGUUCCAGAAGUUAAAAAGAAGCCCCCAAUUGGUCAAACUCUAAUAAAAGACAAAGAUACUAAAAGAAAGAAUAAAAAACUACAGAGUGAGCGCCUUAGUGAGGUCCCUCCUGAGUGGUUCACAAGUUACUUGGAAAAGUUCCGGGAGCAAAUUGUUCAAGACACUGUUAAAAUGCUUGAACAGAAGUUGAGUGACAAGCUGCUUCUUUCUAACCAGCUUCCAAGGUCCAUGAACAAUUCAAAACACCAAACUCCUGCAAGUUCUUUGGUGCAAGGCAAUUCCUAUGACUGGCUGCUCUCCUGUAACAAUUGUCAAAAGCCCAUAAUGGGGAUUCGCUACCAGUGCAGUGUUUGCCCAACCUAUAACAUCUGUGAAUUGUGUGAGGCAGGAUUAUAUUUUCAUGACCCUAACCAUGUCUUUCUAAAACUGCGGAGGCCCACCUGGCGCAUUUCAGACACACACAGUCUUGGACAGCUGUCAUCUCCUCUUGCCACUUCAGAGCAAGUCAAAUUCCAGAAGCAGAUAGACAAGCAUUUCCUGAAAGCAGAAAAGCAGCGUUUACGAGGAGAAAAGAAGCAGCGUAAAGUUGAAGCACGGGAACUCAAGAAGCAGCUUAAGUUGCAUCAAAAGUUUAAUCUAUGGAAUUCAGUUCAUGCUUUUGAUAACACUGCUGCAAAAUCUGAGAGUCAACAAUCCAGUACACUUUUUUCUCUGCAGCGAUGCCCAGUUGUCUCAACUCUGAGUGCCGCCUUUGUAGAUGAGAAUUUACCAGAUGGAACUCGCCUCCCACCCAAGAUUAUCUUCAUGAAACAUUGGCGUAUGAGGAACACAGGCAACAUGGCAUGGAGCUCAGAUACCAAGCUAAAAUUCAUGUGGGGAAACAUAACUCUGGUGUCUUCUGGAAAAAAAGAUGUGAUUGUGCCUUCCCUACUUCCUGGGGAAGAGGGGGUUGUUUCAGUGGAGUUUGAAGCCCCACCAGUGGAAGGAACCUAUACAUCUCACUGGAGGUUAUCACAUAGAGGGGAGCAAUUUGGACCCCGGAUCUGGUGCAGUAUUGUGGUUGAUUCUUCUUCCAAAACUAUUUGUCCUGACCCUGACAAAUUGAUGCCUAGUGUUUGCCAGAAUAGUAGAUCUCUUUACAAAGAAGAGGAAAGAGGAUCAGAAUUCAAGGGAGAAAUAAGUUUGACUAAUCGAGUUGCUUCAUCAAAGAUGAAAAGAAUCCUCAGUGCUAGAGAGUUCUACAUCCCAUCACUUGAUCUUCUCACAGCCCAGGAUUUGCUCUCCUUUGAAUUGCUGGACAUUAACAUAGUGCAAGAACUGGAGCAGGUCCCUCGUAAUACUCCUGUUGAUUCCAUACAAGGGCCAGGGGCAUACAAAAGCCAUGACUGCACUCCUCUGCCAAAAACAACUGACUUGGAUCAGAAACAAGAAGAGAAUGAGAGAAUCACUUAUCAAUUACUGCCUGAUGCUGAACUCAGCAAAGGGAAGGCUGAAAAUUUAGGAAAUCAAGAAGAAGGAGAGGAAGAUAUGAGUGGAACCCAGUUUGUAUGUGAAACAGUCAUUCGUUCUCUCACCCUAGAUGCUGCACCUGAUCAUCAGCCCCCACAAAAAAAGAAGUCUUUGCAUAAUUCUCUGCAAACACUAUCCGAUAUUGCCCAGUGCAGCCCAGACAACGAUUCCAUUAACCCUGUUUCAGAGGAAUUAGAAGCCAGAAUACCUACUCCUGAAUUUGAAAACCUCCCAGUGCGAGAUGGUGAAGAAACAAAUGGAGGAGAAGCUGACAAUGAUAUUCAGGAUGAAGUCAGCAGUCAGGCAUCUUCUCUUUCUGAAGAUUAUAUCAUUGUCCUUCCAGAAUGUUUUGAUACUAGCCGUCCUCUGGGCGAGUCAAUGUACAGUUCAGCACUCUCUCAGUCCAAUUUAGAAAACGUGACCAUGGCUCCAGCAAGUCCUGAAGAAAGCCAUACACCAGUGAAUAGCACCAGUGAUACAUUGAUUACCUCUCAGACCCUUGAUGAAGUGUCACUGACCCCUCAGACUGUGGAACCACAGCCAAUAAGAUUUCAGGCUCUUUCUGAAAAUGAGAAUUCCCAAGAAGCAACUUUUUCUACUAGAGAGGAAGCCCUGUUGGUUCCUGUCCAAAUGAAAGAAGAAUUACAAAGAGAUGAUCCUGAGGUUUCAUCUCCAGAGAAUAUAAAUAACCCAUCAAUGUAUCCUGAAUCUUCUAGACAUAGUCCAGGAAAUAGCCUUGCGGGUGGCCUGGUGAAAGGGGCCUUAUCAGUGGCUGCCUCAGCUUACAAGGCAUUGUUUGUUGGGCAAGCCUCCAUGGAUCAGGCUCUUUCUGUAACCAGUGAAAAUCAUAUGGCUUCAUUUCUGGCCCACCUACAUGAAAUGGGCUUCUGUGACAGACACCUUAAUCUCCAUCUAUUGCAGAAAUAUAAGUGUGACGUGAAUCUUGUUGUCACUGAGCUGCUGCAGCUGAAUCAGGGUGAUUGGAUGAAAGGAAUGUCUGUUCACAAAGCAUGCCAACAGUAAUGGGAUGUACACAAGUACAGUUUUUCUGUGAUUUUGUAGGAAACAGUUAAUGAUUGCAAGGGAUUGAAAUGAGGAACAUGAGAAAAGUUUCCUAACAAAGAGGCAGAUUGAGAAGCUGAGGACAAACUGCUUGUGCUAUGUAUUGCUUAUUUAAUAAAAUAUGUAUGCAAACUGAAUAUCUCUGAAUGGAAGAAAUUAGAUCUGCAACUUGUAUUUGGACUGAUGGGGAAAACCUUUAAAUGAUUAGAUCUUCAUUUUUUUUAAAUUUACUUUGAAUUACUAUUUCAAUCAACUAACUUCUUGUUAGCUCUAAUGAAGAGUGUUUUCUUAAGUUUCAUAAAAGGUGAAAUUUCUUCUAUUGGCUUUGUAUGUUGUAUGAGAAGUUGCAUGAUUGAUAAUUUAAACAAUACUGAUAUUAAGAUAUUGCUUAUUGCUUAGAUUAAGCACCAUGGUCUUUGAGAUAAAAAUAAAUAUUAAAAAUGCACAAUAUUAGGUU